AUGCUCUGGCUGGACGGCGAGGGCCCCGAUGGCAAGGGGCCCUGCAAGUCCGACAAGGCGGUGGCCUGCGCGCCCUCCGUCGCCUUCGGCGAGUUCUCCGUGUCGCCGAUCGGCAAGCCCGCCGCCUCGGACGAGCCCGCGGGCGCGCUCGAGACCCAGGCGCCCACCGCGGACCUCCAGCACUCGGCCGGCGGCGAGGCCAUCUCGGCGCAGCCGGGCGACGCGGCCGGCAUGGGGGACUGCCUGACCGCCGCUGCCGCAAACCAGCGAUUGCCCGACGACAGCCCCGUGGGGCGGCACGGCCGGCUCUCCGUGCAGAACGGCACCAUCCGAGGCGAGCGCGGCAGGCCGGUCCGCCUCCGCGGCGUGUCGCUGGACCUCUCGCAGCGGCGCGGGGCGCCCGGCUGGGGCGCGGACGCCGUGCACUGGCUGGUGACAGACUGGCGCGUAACACUCAUCCGUGCUUCCAUGAGGGUCGAGAUGGGCGAGCACCAAGCGCAUGAUGACAUUGACACGGCCGAGGGGUCCGUCGACCAGCAGACAGCCGCCUGCACUCCCACGGGAUCGAUUUGA